GUUGUAUCAGAAACUACACUGUAUUUUUCUUUUUCUUUUUUCGCCUAGAUGAACCCAGAUAAUCAGAGUACAAUGGUUUCAGAAUCUAGAAAAGUAGAUUAGUUUCCAUCUUUAAGUUAGGUGCAACAAUGGAGUCGUUUAAUUUUCUGCGUAUGUUGAGGCACUUUCAGCUGUCAUUUCUAUGCUUUGAUGAAUUGUAUAUUGAGGCAAGUUCCUUUUAGGCAUUUCAUUACUUCUAAUUCAUUAGAUUUUUUUUCUUUAUUCGCUUUGAUUCAGGUGUUUUUGAUUUCAUUUUGCGACAUGAAGAAAGUUUGUUGGCCUUACUUUGAUCCUGAUUUUCAUAAUUUCCCAGAGAGAAUAUAUGGCCCCACGUGUAGGGUCACCGUUGACAAUGAAAGCUUGGAAGAAUCCACUGUAGUGAAGGUGGAUAGUGUGAACAAGCAGGGCCUCCUCCUUGAACUGGUCCAAGUUUUGACUGACUUGAAUCUCACCAUCACAAAGGGCUACAUUUCCUCUGAUGCAGGCUGGUUUAUGGAUGUGUUUCAUGUCCAAGAUCAACAUGGCAAUAAACUCAUAGACCAGAAACUCAUCGAUAAUAUCCGGCAGGCAAUAGGUACAACCAGCGAGACGACAAUUGGCUCGGCCAUGCCAAAGACCUAUGCCAACAAAGCUGUUUAUGAACCCCAACACCCUAGCGAGCACACCGCCAUUGAAAUGACUGGAACCGACCGCCCCGGUCUCUUUUCUGAGAUAUCAGCCGCUCUAGCUCAACUUCACUGUAAUAUUGUGGAAGCACACGCAUGGAGCCACAAUGAUCGCUUAGCUUGUGUGGCCUACGUUUCUGAUCAGUCCACCGACUCUCCAAUCGCCGACCCUAAUCGUUUGGCUCUCAUCGAGUACCACCUCACCAAUGUCCUACGCGCCACCGCAGAGAAAAACCCUAGUGAGACUCACAUUAAUCCUGUUCCACAAGAAGUUAAGAGCCCUGGAAGAGAUGGAACAAAGACUGACGUGGAAAGAAGGUUGCACCAACUAAUGCUUUCUGUUAGGGAUUUUGAUAGGCCAGAUGAGCCCAUGAGUCCAACGACCGUAAUAGGAUUGGGAUCCAACGGCGAUGAGGAAGGUGGAAGGAAGACUCUUGUGUCAAUUGAGAGUUGUGAUGAGAAGGGAUAUUCAAUAGUGAGUGUUGAGUGUAAAGAUAGGCCGAGGCUUAUGUUUGACACUGUAUGUACCCUCACUGAUAUGCAGUACGUUGUGUUUCAUGCCUCUGUUGGUUCUCGCACAGGCUACGCAUUCCAGGAAUACUUCAUAAGACAUUUAGACGGAUAUGCUCUGAACACAGAAAGUGAAAAGGAACGAGUGAUAAAAUGCUUAGAGGCUGCUAUUGAGCGUCGUGUUUGUGAGGGGUUAAGACUAGAGCUAAGUGCGGCAAAUAGGGUAGGAUUACUAUCUGAUAUAACUCGAGUUCUUAGAGAGAAUGGUCUGGCAGUCGUUAGAGCAGACGUAGCAACGCAGGGAGAAAAGUCAGUGCAUGCUUUCUAUUUGAGAGACAUCUCAGGAAAUGAAGUAGACAUGGAUUUUGUUGAAUCAAUGAAAAAAGAGAUGGGUCCGAUUGAUGUUGAAGUAAAGAAUGAAAGACGACGAACAUCAACUCAAACACCAACUUCACCAGCUGAAAGAUCCCGUUUCUCUUUCGGAUACUUACUUAAAUCUCAUAUUGAACGUUUCUCUCAAAACUUUGUUCCCAUCAAGUGAUGCUAGUCCUAGUUUGUUCCCCCAAAUUCAUGUAAAUAAAUAGUAUUGAACAGUAAAUAAAUACACUAAACUAUUUAAUUAAUUGCCGAAUCAGGACUAAAGACUCUGGGCUUGCAAAAAUAAAAAAAUAAAGAAAUAAAAAAAUAGCAUGGGAAAAUGACACAGUGCAUGCGGUUGAUUCUAAUGGAUUGUAUGAAGUUAAUAAAGAUUAUGAUGCUUACCAAAUUCCAAAUUAAUCUAUAUAUAUGUUCUCGCUUGCUGAUGAUUAGAG